CGGUCAGAGAUUAUUUGAAUCAUAACUAGCAAUGUAUAUUCAAUACUGACGCACUUUAUCAAAAGUGCUAAGUACCAUAGUUUAUUUUGCUCGCACUUCCGUCAAUGGCGACUUCACCAGUAUUACAACAUCUCAUCACCUCCCGGAUAUUUCUCUUGAAGUCAAGAGAACUGCUUCCAUCUCAACGAAGAGAAAAUUCGGCUCUUGUGUGUAUUCGAAUCCCUCCACUAUCGCACAUGCCACCACCCCUCGCAUACUUUGCCAAGUACUUCUGUUUAUUCCUGCCCCCACUAAAGUAUUGAACUCUUGAGCAAGAAGACAUCUUAGCAAAGUAAUAUAUAGAUACAUACAUUUUCGAAAAAAUAUUGAAAAGACGAAAUCAAACAAUGGGCAGGAAAAGCAAGGAUGUGGGUCGAUCAGGCAAUCAAGACGAUCGAGAGCAGGACGGUUUCUUCGGAAGGUUGUUUUCUCCAGGGACGGUCGAUACAUCCGUUUCCGAAAACAGUGUCGAGGAAUUCGAUAGUGAUUUUGAUGAAAGCAUCGACUCGGGAACCUAUUAUACUGACAUUGAUGACUCUCAAUCCGAAGAAAGUGAUGAAUUCACAGAAGAAUCGAGUCAUGGCGCUUCCUUAGUGAGAUUUGAUAAGGAAUUGAGAGCCAAGCAUCGCGCUGCUUGCAAAAGUAUGACGGUAGGUACUGCAUCAUUUUUAUAUGUUAUAUUCUGCAAACUUCUCUUUUCACUCCCGUUAUCAAAGAUCAAAUGUUAUCUUCAAAACUAACAAAAUUUUUCCCUGAAUAAUUUACACGCAAGAUUGGAAAAUACGGAAGAGCGAUUAAAAUGUUUGAAAGUAUCCUAUCGGCUUUACUAAAUAGAUAUGGUGAAGAACACCAUCGUGUCGGAUCAGCUCUUCACAAUGUAGCCGUUGCCAAUUUACGCGCUGGACUCCUUAAUGAUGCAAGAGAUGCGAUCGAGGAGGCUGUGCGAAUCAGGAAACUCACACUCGGAGAAGAUGAUCCAAAAGUAGCAGACUCACUUGUGGAGUAUGGCAUCAUUUUGCUGUCAAUGAAAAAAUAUAAGAAAAGCAUCAAUGUUUUCGAGGAUGCCCUUGAGUUGAGAGAAAUAGAGUGCUGUGAGGCCGAAGACGGGGAGUCGAAACGGGAAGCAAAAUUGAAAAAGGCAAAGAUUCAUCAUAACAUCGGUUGUGUCAACUUUGAAAUCAAAAACUACGACGAAGCCAGGAAGAAAUAUAUGCAGGCAAUUAAAGAGCAGAAAGAAAUUUUUGGUUCCAUGUGGCUUUCGGCAUUUAGACUGGUGUCUAACACUUCGAAACCAGGACACCUUACAAUGGCGUCCACAAUGUGUAACAAAGGGUACAUUGAUUUGGAACAGGAGAAGUAUAGGGAUGCCAUCGAAACGUUUACUGAAUCCUUGAAGAUACAAAAGGUAUUGCUUGAAGCUGAUAACAAACUUAUUUUGAGCACAAUGACCAACAUUGCCUUUUGCCAUUGCAAGCUAGAAGAAACAGAGAGAGCGCGGGCUGUAUACAAAGACCUUGUCAAGCUUCAAUCUGAAUCGUAUACGGAACAAUCACAACGAGGUUGGUCGCAAUCGCUAAAAAAACUGAUCUACUGCCAAGUUGUUUCAUUCCAAUUUGAGGACGCCUUCGACAAUCUUCGGCGUCUUGAAGAGUAUUUGACUACCAAAGCCCGUGAUAAGCACAAGAAUGCAGCAUCCGAGUUGCGAAAAACUCACCAACUUAUGGGGGAAGUCAACUAUCAAAUAUUCAAAUUUCCUACUCUCUCUGAUUAUACCAGUCGGCUUACAUGCACAAACACAUGCGGUUGCGCAGAUGACCGUGCGAAUGUUGAUGUCUCGAAUUGGUUUCCCAAGAAACCAGUUAAUGGAAGCAAGAUGUCAGGACAUCGCAUGACGUAUGCAUAGAGUUAGGGUGCCAACGUAAGGCACUUCCACAAUGGAAUUCGAUGAAACAGAGAAGAGAUGCGAACGGCAGUAACAACCGCUGCAUUGAGAAUUAUUUGCUGCAUCUUGACCAGCAAACAUCCCAACGCUUCUCCCUCUCUUAUUCUUUUAUAAUAUAUGUCAAAAAUGUGA